UCUUUGCAACGCGUUUAGAAUGAACGGAUCGACCGAACGCGUAUGGUAAAAGUGGAUUCAAGUGAAAUUGAAUUCAAGUGAAAGCAGUGAAAGUGCUUGUGAAGAGAGUAAAAGCAAAAAAACAAAAGCUUAUAAUAUAAGAAUGCUAAAAAAUUCGAUUGCUCUCAAGAAAUGGUGAAAUUUUGUGAAAUAUAAUGUAAAUACAAACAAAAACAAACAAAGAAAUUAAAAAUUUAAAGUUCACCUGUGCGCUCGAAUAAAUAAAUCUAAAUGCAAUAAAAUGAGGCGCGUCAAACUAAAAGUCCACAAAAAUUUCAAACCACUUUUUAGUGUUCUAUUACUACUAAGCUCUUUAUCUCUGUGUCUUGGCGCUCAGGAGAAAUUAUUACGCAUUAACACCGCCUUAACGGCACUUCCGACUGCAACUGUGUCUAGUAGUGGCGAUUUCAACUCGCCCAUUGAGGCACAAGGUGAGCAUGAAGCACUGCCGCUGGAUGCUGACUCGCACAUUUGUGUACGUGAGGAGACUUACGUGGAGCAGUUAAAGGUGCCCACGAUGCAGCCAGUGCGCAUACGCAGCUCACAGUGGUGCAUGGAGAUUCCACCACGUUGCUCCAAUUACAAAACGGAAAUGCGUGAAGUGGUGCAGAUCAAGAAUGUCACAAAGACGCGCACGAUACGUUUCUGCUGUGCGGGUUAUGAAGGCAACAUCUCGAUCAAUGACACAGUUUGCAAGCCAGUUUGCCGCGGCGGUUGUGGACGCGGCUAUUGCCAGACGCCGGAUGUGUGCAGCUGUGAGCCGGGCUACACUGGAACGCAUUGCACGCAAAGGUGUGAUCACGAUCACUGGGGCGAUGAGUGCAAGCAAAAGUGCAAAUGCCAAAAUGGUGCGGUGUGCGAUAAUAAAUCUGGUAUCUGCCACUGCACUGCUGGUUGGACGGGCGAGUUUUGCGAGCUGCCUUGCCCGACCGGUUCGUAUGGCGUCAUGUGUCACAAGGAGUGCGCCUGCGCCGACAAACGCUGCCAUCCGCAAACGGGCGCCUGUGGCGAUGCGCUGGCCCCAGUGAUGCCCAAUGUCACGCAUGUCAUGAUUCAAACACUCAACUCCACCAUCGUUAAUAUAACCCACAAGCUUGAUCGCAUAGCGAAUAAAAUAGUGACCAUAGCGACCAGCACAAUUGUGCCGCCGCAACUGACCGCCGCGCCUGAGGUAAUCGUCAUCAAGCAAGAAGAUCAGCAUACGCCCAAAAUAAUUGUACACCAACCCGGCUUCAGUGGUGGCUUGCUGAGCGACUUGCACACCGCUGACGGCAAGACACCUGAGGUGAUACACGUAAUCACAGCCGCAGGUGCCGAUUGGCCGACGCACGCGAACGGUUCCAUGAUUGGCGCUGCGCAAGAUGCGAAACUGAGUUUGGCGGGCAUUGGCGGUGUGAUUGAGCCGCCGGCACACACUUUAGCGCCCACGCCCACUGCAGCCGAGCACGAUGCGAACCUGCUAAGUACACUGCUUGUGCUACUGCUCAUCAUAGUUGUUGCCAUCGGCAUUAGUUGGCUCUAUAUAUAUCGGCGCUAUCAUUGGCAAAAGCAGCGCGUCGAGGCAGCGUUGGCAGCGCGUAAUGGCAGUUUUGGUGGGCCAGAGCUGGGCAGCGGUAGUGGCAGCACGGUGGACGCCACAGCAAUGUCUGGAGUGGGCGGCAAGAGUUUCCUCAAACCGUUGCCUGAUUUGCCGGCCUUCACGCAAAUGGUGCGCAACAAAAUCGAGGGACCCGAAUUCUAUGAUGCGCCCAGCAAUAAUUCAUCGGUCAACACUGCCUCCUAUGAUUAUGCACGCAAACUCUCGCUUUAUUCGAUUGUGUCGCCGAAGUCGCGCAAAGGUAGCCCAGAUUCGCAUCUCUACGAUGAGAUACGCUAUCCUUCAGCUUAUCAGCAACAACAACAACAACAUCAGCAACACAACCAACACAACUUUAAUACUCAACACAGACAAAGGCAUCAUAGCCAACAACAUCAGCAUCCGCAACAUAACCAUCCACAAUUCUCCAACCACCAGCAACAACAGCAACAACAUCUUAUUCACAGCACUAACGCUCUUGCUCAAGCGAGUUUGUCGCCACACGCGCAGCAGCUUCCGAAACCUAUACAACACGCACAAAUAUCUGCAUUCAUUGCCCAGCAGCCUUUGACCGCCACGAACCUACAACAACAGCAACAUCAUAUCGCUCACUUGAUUAUACCACCGCAAAAUGCCAAUUUCCUGCAAGUGCCAUCUACAACAGCAUCACACGCAAAGUAGCACUCAUUUAAUAUUUGAUCAACUCUCGCGUCGUUUCUUCUUGCAAUUGUGGGAAAGGCAAUGUAAUUGCACCAAAUAUUUUUAUAAACAAUAUCAUUAUGCCAUUUUCAUAUAUUUUUGUAAAAUAUUUUUUAAUACACAUACAUUUAUAUUUUGUUACAUAUAAUAAAUGAAAGAUAAUUAUUUUUAAAAUGAAACUCC